AUGACUUUACUCUAUAUUACUAAUGAAACCGUUGUAUAUUCCUUUAACGCAAAUUUUUAAUAGAAAGAUAGUAAAUUUUGAUAAUUUUUAUGCAUUAGAUUGGCAAAGUAAGGCAAGAUUCUUGGAUUGUGGAGAUAUUAAAUAUUUUGGAUAUUUAGGGACUCACAAUAGUAGCAUAAUUAUUUUAGAUUUAGAGCCUCACUCUCAUUACAGGAUUGAUGCAGAGGUUCUGAGGUAUUUAUUUAUUGUUAAAUCGAUAAGCAUUGACAGAUAUGCAGAGCCUAACUUUUACGUUGAAAAUAUUUUGGCAAAUCAAGAUAUAACUGUAAAAGAAGAUAAUAUUUUUGGAAAUUCGUCUCCAGAAUAAUUUUACUCAGUAUCUAUAGUUCGUACUCAUAAAUGA